AUGAAGGUCCAUUCUCUUUUCAAUGGAGCAUUUUUGGGCAUCUUGCUCUGCCUCUUUGCUGUGAGCUUCAGUCAUGCUUCUUCAGAGCUCAAUGAGGAAGAUACAUUCAAAGGUUUUCCACAUCCACAUAUACCAGUUUACAAGAAACCACCAGUACAUAUUCCAAAAGUACCAAUCCAUAAGAAACCAUUCCCGCCACAUAAUCCAACUCUAGAGAAGCCACUCCAACCAGACUCAUUCUUUAAGAAACCAGUUCCAGUUUACAAAAAGCCUUAUUAUUCUCAUCCCAUCUUCAAGAAACCACUUCCCCCACCCAUUCCAAUCUAUAAGAAACCACUUCUUCCACCCAUUCCAAUCUAUAAGAAACCAAUUCCUCCAUCCAUUCCAAUCUAUAAGAAACCACUUCUUCCACCCAUUCCAAUCUAUAAGAAACCAAUUCCUCCAUCCAUUCCAAUCUAUAAGAAGCCCCUUCCUCCACCAAUCCCAAUUUUCAAAAAGCCAUUUCCACACCCAGUUCCAGUCUACAAAAAGCCAUUUCCACACCCAGUUCCAGUCUACAAAAAGCCCUAUACUCAUCCAAUUUUCAAGAAACCAUUUCCCAAAAAGCCAUUUCCUCCACCAAUUCCAAAUUAA